AUGAAGCAAGAUGAAGCUGCUGAUACUCUAGAAGAUGAACUGAUCUUCAUUCAUCAGCUAAAGUGUAGCCUAAAGAAGAAGUAUCAAUGUGUGUUUGAAGGAAUUGCAAAGCAAGGAGACUCUACACUUCUGAAGAACAUCUACACAGAUCUCUAUAUCACUCAGGGUUGUAGUGAACAGGUCAAUACUGAACAUGAGAUGAGACAGAUUGAAGUUGCUUCCAGACGUCAUGAAUCACAGGAGAUACAGGUUGAGUGCAAACAUUUGUUUGAAGCACCUGAACAAGACAAGCAGAUCAGAACUGUACUGACAAAAGGAGUUGCUGGCAUCGGAAAAUCAGUCUCUGUGCAGAAGUUUGUUCUGGAUUGGGCCGAAGGAAAAGAAAAUCAAGAUAUCAGCUUCAUAUUUCCUCUUCCAUUUAGAGAGAUGAACUUAAAGGAGCAAGAAAAACUAAGUUUGAUGGACCUUAUAACACAGUUUUUCCCAGAGACAAAAGGACUGAACCUUACAAGAAGAAAUCAAUUCAAAGUCUUGUUCAUUCUUGAUGGAUUGGAUGAAUGUCGUCUUCCUGUAAACUUUAAGGACAAUGAGACAUGGUCUGAUGUUUCAUCACCAGUCUCUCUGGAUGUUCUCCUGACGAACCUCAUCAAGGGAAAUCUGCUUCCUUCUGCUCUCAUCUGGAUCACCAGCAGACCAGCAGCUGCCAGUAAGAUUCCUCCUGACUGUAUCGACCGGCUGACAGAGAUACGAGGAUUCAAUGAUGCACAAAAGGAGGAGUACUUCAGAAAAAGAUUCACGGAUGAGAAUCAGGCCAAAGAAAUCAUUGAUCAUGUUAAACAAUCAAAGAGUCUCUUUAUCAUGUGCCACAUCCCAGUCUUCUGCUGGAUUUCAGCCACUGUUCUCCAGAACAUUUUAGAGGAGAAAAGAAAUAAUGUUGUGAAAAACAAUCAGGCUGAUGAUAUCUCCAAAACACUGCAGGAGUCAAAUACUGAAGACACUCCUAAGACUCUGACACAAAUGUACACACACUUCCUCAGAUUUCAGAUCCAGCAGAGCAGACGAAAGUAUGAUGGAGAAUACACACCAGAUGUUUCCUGGGAUAAAGAUGCCAUCUUUUCACUGGGGAAACUGGCAUUUGAUCAGCUGGAAAGAAACAAUGUGAUCUUCUAUGACACAGAUCUGGAAGCCUGUGGUAUUGACGUCUAUAAGGCAUCAGUGUACUCAGGCAUGUGUACCCAGAUCUUUAAGGAGGAAACAGGGAUCACUCUUGGUACCAUGUACUGCUUCGUUCACUUGAGCAUUCAAGAGUUUAUUGCAGCCCUUUAUGCACAUCUGUUUCUAGACAUGAAGAAGAAAAGUAUAUUUGUUCAUGCGUCUACAAAAUGGAAAUAUAAAAGUAAAACAAUGAUUGAUUUGCUCAAGACUGCAGUGGACAAGGCACUAGAGAGUGAUAAUGGACACCUGGAUCUUUUUCUUCGCUUCCUCCUUGGUUUGUCACUUCAGUCCAAUCAGAGACUCUUACAGGGUCUGUUGACACAGGAAAAUAGAAAUGAGCAGAGCAAAAAGGAAAUAGUUCAGUACAUCAAGCAGAAAUUAGAGUCUAAUCUGUCUCCAGAGAGAUCCAUCAAUCUGUUCUACUGUCUGAAUGAACUGAACGACCAAACUCUGGUGAAAGACAUUCAGACCCACCUUAGCAAAGGAAGUCUCUCAUCUGCUGAUCUUUCACCUGCCCAGUGGUCUGCUUUGGUCUUUGUGUUGUUGACAUCAGAGGAGGAGCUGGAGGAGUUUGAGCUUCAGAAAUUCAAGAAAUCAGACAAGUGUCUCAUUAGAUUAUCAGCGGUCAUCAAAACCUGCAAAAGAGCUCUGCUAAAUGAUUGUGGUUUAACAGACAAAAGCUGUCCAGCUCUGGCUUCAGUUCUUGGAUCAGAUACCAAUCUGAAAGAGCUGAACAUGAACAAUAAUAAUCUGCAGGAUUAUGGAGUUAAAAUGCUCUGCACUGGAUUGAAAAAUAUUAAUUGCAAAUUAGAGAUACUCAGACUUUCAGACUGCAGUAUCACUGAAGAAGGUUAUAAAGCUCUGUCUUCAGCUCUGAGAUCAAACCCUUCACACCUGAUAGAGCUGGAUCUCACAGGAAAUGAUCCUGGAGAAUCAGGAGUGAAGCUGCUCAGUGAUUUACUACAGGAUCCAAACUGUCAACUCAACACACUGAGGUUUUUGGGUCCUGCUGCAGAUGAAGCCUGUCAGUAUGUGACUGGAAUUGUGGGUAAAAACCCGUUACUCCUGAGAGAGCUGGAUCUGAGUGGACGUAAACUAGGAGACACAGGAGUGAAUCAGAUCUCUGCUCUACUGCAGGAUAAACACUGUACACUCAACACACUGAUACUUUCAGACUGCAGUAUCAGUGAAGAAGGUUAUAAAGCUCUGUCUUCAGCUCUGAGAUCAAACCCUUCACACCUGAUAGAGCUGGAUCUCACAGGAAAUGAUCCUGGAGAAUCAGGAGUGAAGCUGCUCAGUGAUUUACUACAGGAUCCAAACUGUCAACUCAACACACUGAGGUUCUUGGGUCCUGCUGCAGAUGAAGGCUGUCAGUAUGUGACUGGAAUUGUGGGUAAAAACCCGUUACUCCUGAGAGAGCUGAAUCUGAGUGGACGUAAACUAGGAGACACAGGAGUGAAUCAGAUCUCUGCUCUACUGCAGGAUAAACACUGUACACUCAACACACUGAAUCUGCGUUAUUGCAGUAUUACAGAGAAACAGUGUCUCGUCCUGACUUCAGCUCUGAAAUCAAACCCAUCACACCUGAGAGAACUGAACCUGAGCUGGAAUAAACUACUAGGAGACUCUGGAGUGAAACACCUCAGUGAUCUACUGAUGAACACACAAUUCAAGCUGGAGAAACUAGAUCUGUGGAGAUGCAGUAUUACAGAGAAACAGUGUCUCAUCCUGACUUCAGCUCUGAAAUCAAACCCAUCACACCUGAGAGAACUGAACCUGAGCGGGAAUAAACUACUAGGAGACUCUGGAGUGAAACACCUCAGUGAUCUACUGAUGAACACACAAUUCAAGCUGGAGAAACUAGUUCUGAGUAGAUGCAGUAUUACAGAGAAACAGUGUCUCAUCCUGACUUCAGCUCUGAAAUCAAACCCAUCACACCUGAGAGAACUGAACCUGAGCUGGAAUAAACUACUAGGAGACUCUGGAGUGAAACACCUCAGUGAUCUACUGAUGAACACACAAUUCAAGCUGGAGAAACUAGAUCUGUGUGGAUGCAGUAUUACAGAGAAACAGUGUCUCAUCCUGACUUCAGCUCUGAAAUCAAACCCAUCACACCUGAGAGAACUGGACCUGAGCUGGAAUGAACUACUAGGAGACUCUGGAGUGAAACACCUCAGUGAUCUACUGAUGAACACACAAUUCAAGCUGGAGAAACUAGAUCUGUGUGGAUGCAGUAUUACAGAGAAACAGUGUCUCAUCCUGACUUCAGCUCUGAAAUCAAACCCAUCACACCUGAGAGAACUGAACCUGAGCGGGAAUAAACUACUAGGAGACUCUGGAGUGAAACACCUCAGUGAUCUACUGAUGAACACACAAUUCAAGCUGGAGAAACUAGAUCUGCGUGGAUGCAGUAUUACAGAGAAACAGUGUCUCAUCCUGACUUCAGCUCUGAAAUCAAACCCAUCACACCUGAGAGAACUGAACCUGAGCGGGAAUAAACUACUAGGAGACUCUGGAGUGAAACACCUCAGUGAUCUACUGAUGAACACACAAUUCAAGCUGGAGAAACUAGAUCUGUGUGAAUGCAGUAUUACAGAGAAACAGUGUCUCAUCCUGACUUCAGCUCUGAAAUCAAACCCAUCACACCUGAGAGAACUGAAGCUGAGUGAGAAUCAAAUAAAAAACCCAGGAGUGAAUCACUUAUGUGACGUACUGAAGGAUUCACGCUGUAAACUGGAGAGAUUGAGUCUGCGUGGAUGCAGUAUUACAGAGAAACAGUGUCUCAUCCUGACUUCAGCUCUGAAAUCAAACCCAUCACACCUGAGAGAACUGAACCUGAGUCUGAAUCAAAUAAAAAACCCAGGAGUGAAUCACUUAUGUGACGUACUGAAGGAUUCACGCUGUAAACUGGAGAGAUUGAGUCUUCGUUACUGUGACAUUACAGAUGUUUCUUCUUUAACUCAGUCUUUGACAAACACAAAAGCUCUGCAGUUUCUAAAAGAGCUUGAUCUGAGAGAUAAUAAGAUUGGAGACUCAAAGCAGAAGCUCAUUGAUGUGCUACGAGACUCAAACUGUGAACUGAGUGUUGAUAAAGAUUGA